AAUGACAUUCCUAUGUUUAAACUAUAUUUUUGUGUUUGUAGGUUAUAAUAUAUAGUGUUCUUUUAGAUAAAUCAAUAUGUCACACAGAGGGUUAUCGGAAUCGAAGACUGAGUAUUUAGAAAUAGGUGAAUACAAUUUCACUUGGCCUAGAGAAAAUGGUUCUCUACAUGAUUGGGGAUCCAUAAAUUACACAAUGCCUUCAGGUCCAUGGUUUUGGCCGUGGUGUCCAUUGUGGCGAGUUCCACAGCACCCAUUAUUCCAGCUCUCAAAUUUGCUGUUUGUAGCGUCUUAUUGUGCUCCAAGUACAAAGAAGGGACAAUUAUGGAUGCAUACAAUUUUAAUAUUUGGUUUUAUGCUGUAUUCAGUCUGGGCUUGGCACGUCAUAUGUUCGCCAGACGCAUUCUCAUGGAAUUUUGGUUUUGUUUUCCUAAAUUUGGCCCAAGUCGUGUAUUUAGUAUAUGAAAUGAGACCGGUAAAAUUCGAUCCUGAACUCGAAGAAGUAUAUCACACCCUAUUUGAACCAUUUAAGGUAUCUAGAUUGCAAUUUAAACGCAUGGUUUCUCCUGACUUCGCUCACGUAAUGUCGCUUCACGCUGGUGAAGCUUACGCCAUGCAAAACCUUACAAAGACGGACAGACUUGGCUUAUUGUUGUCUGGAAAGGUUAAUGUAAUGAGCGGCCACCAAUUUCUUCAUCCAAUACUGCCGUGUGAAUUUUUGGACUCACCUGAAUUCGAGUCUAGUAGAGCUACGAUUGAUGAAAAAUUUAAGGUGUCGAUAGUAGCAGCGUCAUCAUGCCGCUACGUGUACUGGCAGCGAAGUUCUCUCGAAUAUUUGUUCGUCAAGGAGCCGUAUUUAGCUAGCGUGGUGACCACAUUGAUCGCUCGCGAUAUUACCACAAAGCUUUACGCCAUGAACAACAAGAUCGUAACUGAAAGGGGCUCCCAUCUAGAUAUAAGAUUGCCGAGUAUAUCGCACGCUUUAGCCCGCAGCCCGAGGAAAUUGCGCUCGGCCAGCAAACCGCCACCGCCUACUACCGUACAACCGGUGCCGCCGGAAAAACGACCCAGAAAAAAUCUGAUUCCCGACUAUUGGUCUCGGGACGUAGAUAAUACCGUACCCACUUUAGCAAAAAGGAAUGGUGUAGCCGCAUCAUUUCCUGAGGGUGAUGAGGAAUUGAUCCCUUUAGCAGCUCAUGAGGAACCAGCAGCUUCGUCUGACGAUCUCUCUGUAGCUGACUCUUGUCCCGAUACAUCUUCCAAGUAUCAUAGCUGUGAAGCCGUUGAGACGGAUGACGAACUUAGACAUUAAGAUAAUAAAUGUUGUGAAAAUGAAAAUAAAUGU